UGAGGAAGAAUAACCUGUGCAAAAACGAUGUUAGAGAAAGGACGAUCACAAGAUUUUUAGAGGCGGAGAGUGCAAAACCACGCUAUGACAAAUCUGGUAUAGUUGGUCCGAGCUGGCAUCAAUCAUGGUUGCUUACCUAUGUACCUUUCCAAAGCAAUGCUCAGUCCUCAAUAUUCAUCACAGACAGGUACAGCAUCACAAUAAUUAGUGACGUGCAUGAACAUGGAGCUAAGUCCGAUUGUUCCGGCUCCGUAUGGUCGUGCUUGUAUGGAAUGCACACGGUCAAAAGGUAAAUGCGUGAGACGGAGAGGUGAGGAUAGGUGUGAAAGGUGCUACAAAUUAUCAAAAGCCUGUCAGUCAUCCGAAUCCAUUCGCAAACGCAAUACCAAAAAGCAUGAGACGUCGAGAAUUGUUCAAUUGGAGGAGAAGGUCGACGGCCUUGUCUCUUUGCUGCAGACUGUCAGUCAGACAGGUCCCAACAAAGACUCGGGCUCCUCUUCUAUCUUGAGUCUCUCUGUUGGUGCCGAACAUAGUUCACCGGGACAAUCUUUGAACCAGCACCUGCAAUCGUCAAGUACCAACGCACAUCCCCACCACGUUUCUAUUCCGGGUACCACAACUUUCGGUUCUCCUAGAGCUGGUUCUGGAGCAGCAUCGUUGUCCCUCGCGACCAAUGUUGAUUCGUCCUUGAGCGAGGCAGAGGAUUGCCUUGUCAUUUUCCGUACUCACAUGUUGGAAUACUUUGCAUUCCUUCACAUACCUCAUGACCUGUCAGCUCAGCAACUUCAACAACAGAGACCCUUCCUCACUCUUUGUAUCGUGGCCGUCGCAUGCAAGUCAACUGCACAAAAGAUGACGUUAGGUAAGGAUAUCAAAUUAGAAUUGGCGCAACGGAUGAUUCUCGACAAUGGAGAGGGAGUAAACCUUGACUUGCUUCUAGGUCUUCUGACGUUCUUAUUCUGGGGACACGAUCAACUACUCAAUGAUACUCCCAAAAGCUUGUCUCUUUUCGCCCAAUUUGCAGUAGCAUUGGCAUUCGACCUCCGCCUGAACAAAUUACCGCUGAAUGAAACAAAUAUGCUUCCAACCACGAAGACUCUAGAAUCCUCAAUGGAUUCAAAUAAAACGCGAAAUAUUGACGAGCAACGUGCCGUUCCGGCCUGCUUCGUGUUGAGCUCAAUUGUCUCUUCCUAUUUCAGCCGAAAUGAUGCGAUGACCUGGACGCCGUACAUGGAAGAGUGUCUAGAAAUUGUGAGUAGCCAGCACAGCCGGUCAGACCAGAUGUUUGCAUAUCAAGUUCGCAUGCAGCUGUUGUCUCACCAAACGGAGGUUGCAAAUGAUAGUUGGGAAAAGACAACCCUUCCUCCGGCCUUCUACUUCACAUCCUUCCAGUCAAAGUUGGAUGAAUUACUUGAAGAUGUUCCAGCAGAACUGCACGAGAAUAAUAUAUUUCUCGCUUCAAUGUUCUCCACGAAAUUGAGCAUUUACACGACAGCAAUUCGCAAAGCCCCUUUCACAGUGGAUAGCGCUGGAUUCCAGCGACUGGAACAUCUCUACACGUCCCUAAACACCGUGAAAGCUGCACUGGAUAACUUCUUCGCUAUACCACUAUCGUGUUACCUCCGCUUGUCAUUCCCCUUUUUUGCGCAACUCUCACAAUCCCUCGUAGGUUUGUACAGGCUAUCUACCCUCGACGAUCCUGCUUGGGACCUUACUUUCGUUCGGUCUACAGUCGAUUUGCUUGAUGUCCUAGACCGCAUCAUCAGCAAUCUAGAGCAGGCGAAUAUCGAUAGUGGAGACGAGCUCGAAGAAAAUGUGUGUGGCAAGACAAUCAGAAUACUCAAAUCAGUCAACUCUUGGUUCACGAUGAAAUUUGCAGAAAGUGCCAAAGACUCUGGGGACACAGAUUUCCAUGCCAAUGGCGAGAAUGGGAUCUUCGAAGAUUCCUUUCUGCAGGGGAUCGAUGAUGUGUGGAUGAGAGACGUAUUUCACCUAUACGAUGGCUCCGGAUAUCUAUGACAGAUGAACAAGGUGACUCUUACAGCACACUGAUGCUGUCUAGAGGGUCCAUUCUUGCUGCUAGACAUUCAACACUCUCCGCAAAGGCAAGUACUACGCCAGUAUUUGGACUGUAUCCCGAUUCUUCGAGAAUAGCAUACACCAUCAAUUGCUCGCAAGUCGAGACUAAUUUUAACUGAGCCGUGAUUGGCUGAGCAAUUCACC